AACAGUGCGGGGAGUGGGGUUCAAUUGCUUGGGAGGAGCCAGCAAAAGGGUCUAAGCCCUAAGCCACCAACAGAAGAACUAAAAAGUUAUGUAAUAAAUUUUUCACCACUUGUCUUGGAGACCAUCAUGUUCCAGGAACUGGCAAUGAAAGCUUCAAAUGAGGGUGCUAAAAAGUGGGAUGACGAAUGGAAGACAGCAA